AUGCCACUCAAGUACACUCCGAAGCUGUGCACAGUCCCGAAGAUUGACCAAAUAACCACACCAAACAAAAACAUACAGAGCUUCUUCAUGAGGAGCGAUGCAUCGUACUAUGCUGAUGAGAAGCAUAGAAUGGCAAACUACAGGACUGACGAGCAGAUCAUUCACAUUUUGGUCUGGAACAACAAGCUUCUUGUGGAGUCUGAGUCCAUUGAUCUUGGGGAUUUCUUUUAUCUGACGGGGAUGAACACAAAAAGGUUUGGAAGCCUUGAAGAAUGUGUUGGAUGGCUGGGAAAUCAGAUUUCGGAUGUAUUAAGGAAGCUGAAGAUAAAGCCUGGAAGCUCGUUUGUUUCCCUUGUGUUCCAGGAUCUUCUGAACAGGACAGAGGUAUUGGCACUGUGCAAUCUCUUCAUCAAUGUCUUGUCAUUCAAAGGGAUUCUGAUAACACCGCGGAGCCUAUCGCAAGCAAUCGGGACUCUUUCUCCCAACUGUGUUGUAGUGAAUCUCUAUGAGCAAUAUACUACAAUAUGCUUUGUGGAGGAUUUCUGGAUGCUAGAUGGGAUUUGCGUGUCCAGAGAAUGCAACAAGGGAUUUGAGCUUAUUGACUCUGUGGAUUUUGUUGAUGAAUUCAAUAAGAUCAAGGUAUUUGAAGAGAAGAACAUCUUUUCUUGUGACAAGUGUGAUUACAAAGAUGAAACAGAGGCGAAGAUGGAGGCACACUUUCUAUCUUUGCACCAGGAGGAGAGCGUGUGCCACACAGAUGUCGGCCAAAGCGAACAUUUCAAGAUGCACUUCAGAGUCUAUGAUGGAGAGGAGGGGGAUAUUCAUGAGCUUAUAGCCAAAAGAACAAUCCAUGUUCUUAGUAAGGAGAAGGCAAAGAAGAUAGGAAGCAAAGUGAUUGUGUUUAAUUAUGGGGGCAUGGGGCUGUCUGAAGAAUGCCUAGGGAGGGCUUUUGAGGAGUAUGGGAUCAAUCCUGAGAUUUCUAUGCAUGAGGAACCUAAUGAGAGUAUGAUUACGAAUGUGAUGGUUGCCUUUUCUGGGCUUGAUUGUGUCAAGGAGAUAUGGAUGACAGACAAGGAAUGGAACGGUGCAGGGCUUCGUGUGUUGAAGGAGAAGGUGCUUUUCAUUAUAUAA